AUGGAGGAAACAGAAAAUAGUGAAAAAACAGAGACAAUAAUCUUUUUUGAGGAAGAGCCACAUACUGUAUCAGAAAUUUGCGUAUCCAAGGAUGGAAAAUAUAUCAUUACUUAUGAUCAAGUCAACGAUUCUCUUUUAGGAUGGAUUGUAGAUGAUGAUGAUGUUCGAGCUGAUAAUGAAAUUGGAAUAUUUAAAAUAGAAAGGCAACAAGAAGAACAAGAUGAAAAUUUAUUAUUUAAAAUUACUUCUAUUAAAACUAAAAUUGCCAUGAUUGUUUUUAAUGAUAAAGGAUACGGAAUUGUUGAUUUGAAAGCAAAAUGUAAGAUAAUAUGCCCAUCUCAAUUUUAUAAUACAAGCCCUGAAUUUAUGGAAUUUUCGAGUAUCGAUGAGCUUAUCAUAUUCGCUGAAGAAGAAGAAAUUAUAUAUAUUUAUUCGGCAAAUUUUAAGAAAAACAUGUGGAUAAAAAGUAUGGCAUUAAAAAUUAGCAUUUAUAUGGAAAGUCUUGACUACUUUGGAAUUACGGGUGAAGAAUUUGCAGAAGAAAUGGAUAGGAUAGAAAGAGUUAUCGCUCCAGAUUUAAAUUCAAAAUGCAUGUAUUUAAUUACAAAUAACGGCAUGCUUCUUUUGGACAGAGAGACUAAAACCACUGAAACGCGCAUAACCUAUGAUUCUGUUUUUAAGAUGUUAAUUACUGAUGAAACAUUGCUUGUAACAGAAAAAAUAGAAAUUGAUAAACAUAAUAAAACUGAUAAUACCGAUAAUACCGAUAAACCCGUGCAGGAAAAAGAAAAAAGAAGAACCAUUAAUGUUAAAUCAAUUAGAACAGGAUUAGUUGUUCGAACUUUUGAUAUACCAUCCUUAGCAUUAAACGAAGAGGAUAAUGAAAAAUGGUAUAUAAUACGCAGCCUUGAUAGUCUAUAUAUUAUAGCUUUUAUCAACACCAAUAUCUUGUUAUUAAACAUUGUUGAUGGUAGCGUAUAUGUAAUUAAGGAUGAUUUGAAUGAAGAAAUCAAGACCAUAGUUAAUGAAAAUCUUUCCGACUUUAAUAUAUUUACGAUUUAUGUACCGACAAAUACAUUAUUUGGCAUUCAAGAUAAUAAGAUUUUAAAAAAGAAUUUUAGAAAUUUGGAUUUCAGAAAACUUUUUUAUAAUCAACAUCUUGAUGUGCUCAUUUGGAAUACAUAUUUGAACACACAAGAACCUGAUGUUAAUCUUUAUCCUAUAUGUCCUGAUAUUCAAGAGCUUAAAAGAAUUAAACAAUUACCUAUUGAUGCUCUCAAAAGGCGAAGAAAAGAUUUAUGUAUAUUUCACUUUGAUCUGAAUAUGAAAUCUGCGACACUUCAAUAUUACUGGCGCAUAUUUAAUACAAAUGAAGAUUCAUUUAUCCCUUUUAAUUUAGAAAAUGAAUUAUUCUUACCUAGAACUGAUUUUUAUAAAUCCAUAAGUUCGGGUGAUGUUUCUGACUUGCAAGGUAAUUGGACUGACGCAGUUAUUGAGGAUAAAUUUAGUUUAUCAGCAUAUGGAGAAGACUUAGUACUUUGCUUUACUUACCUUCGUGCAUCUUUUUUGGUAAUUGGCAUACUUGAGAAAUGGAUAAAGUGGUUUACAAAGUCGCCCAGGGAAAAUUUUCAUUUUUUGAAAAUCAUUAGCAUUUUAUACCCAGAAUUAUACAAAUCUUUUCCUGAAUAUAUGAAUAAUCUUAAUGAAUCAUUAAGAUUUACUCUUGAUAAAGAAAUGUGGUGUGGUCAUCUGGGUACUCAUUUAGAAGGAGCUUUUAUUUUGCCAAUUAUUACAGCAUUUUGCAUGCUUCAGGGUGAUGCUUCUAAUUGGUCGAUUUUGAUUUCAAUUGCGGAUUUACUAGUUGGCUUAAAAUUCAUUCUUUAUUUCCGUGUCUUGGAGUCUUUUGGAGCUUAUUAUGCAAUUAUUAUUGGUGUCGCAAAGGCAAUUUUUGCCUUUCUGGUCAUGAUCGUUCUAAUUAUUGUAAGCUUUGGCUUAGCCUUUUAUGUACUUUUAAAACCAAGUAGUACAGUUUACUAUGAUCAACCAGGAAAUCAAACUAAUGAUGAAAAUAAUCCAUGGAGUUUUGCAUCUUCCUAUUAUCAAGUUUAUGAAAAUGGCACUAUUGGAUCAAAUCCAGUACUCAUCGCGCAACCAGAUGAAAAUGAGGAUAUGUUUGCCUACAUUCCAACCUCACUUUUUGCAAUAUACGGAUAUCUUGCAGAUAUUGAAUUAUUUUAUUUAUUGCCUCAUCAAAGGCGUUGGCAAUCUUGGUUUCCUAAUAUGAUAUAUUAUUAUGUGCCUGCUAGCGAAAUUACAAAAGAUAUGCAUGAAAAGACCAAAGACAGUGAACAAAGCGUUAAAGAAUUCAAAUCUAAAAAUAAAGCAUUAUUAGAUUUGACUCAAUAUAAUUCUUAA